AUGGUGUACCCACAAGCCGCGUACCUGCUGCGGGAACACCUCGUCGCGACCAACUGGUCGCUCGACAACCACUACCACGCCCUCACGCUUUCCUCGCGCAACCUGCUCGACUUCCCCAUCCCCCCCGGCCUGCACCUCUCCCUCUCGCAUCGCCCGACCUCCCUCCUUGCCUCGAGUCUGCAACUGUCAACGUUGGCGCCGAGCGGUUCGACGACGUACAAUACGUAUGCGCAGGCGAAUGCACCCGUGCUGGGUCCGCCUGUCAACCCGUUGUUGAGUGGACAACUGGGUUACUUCUUCAGCUCGGCUCCGUUGGGGCAUCAGAGCACAAAGAGGGAACAGCAACACCACAAAGCAGCGUCACCGAUGGCUGCGAACGCUGGACAGGGCACUCUCCAGCUCGUCAUUGAUGAGCAGCCCGUCGAUCUACUACAGCAACACACGCAGGGCAACAGCGAAGGUGGCUUCAGGUUCAGGGAUGCGGUGCAAAGUUUUCAUGCAUGUGAUCCGCCUAUCAAGCCCCGGACCAGAGUGGCAGAUCCCAACAACCCCACCACCGCGGGUAAGUGCUCCGACUCGACCUUUGGGUCCCACAAUCGGCGAAUCCGGUCGGCUGAACGCUCCUCUUUCCCCGCAGAUUUUCUCAUGUACGGUCGGCUCUACGCCCCUUCCCCUCGUCUAGACGCGCUCUAUGCCCAUCGUCUCGCACCCACCGUCCUAGGCCUCGUAUCCCUCAUCUCCGUGCCCGCGCCCAUCGCACCUCCCCAACUUUCGUGGCAACCCAACGACGAAGCCUCCAGCAUGACCAUCAACGCACCCCCGACUUCAACGACCUCGGCGAGGUUGAGCGAGUUGGAGUUCAAGUUGCAGCAUGAUACGGGCAAGUGGUCGACCGAGUAUUCGUACGCUGUCGGCGAUGGGAUGUGGGGUGCGAGGGGGUUGUACAAUUUUGGGUAUUCAGGCGCCAGUUCGGCGGGAGGUCCUUCUUCGUCGGGGGCUUCCGGUUCGGACGGAGUUACGACUUCUGACGACUCCCCCUCUUCGCAUGUACGCGAACGCGUCGUCGACGAAGAAGAAGCGACUUCGACGGGGCUCAAAGGUCGUUGGUCAGCAGGUGGGGAGCUCUACUUUUCCGCCCAAGAACGUUCCGCAGGGAUGUCGACCGGCCUCCGGUUCGCGACCAUACCUUAUCCCGAACUCCACGGAGACCAUGCUUCUUCUCAUCCUCAACCACCCACGGUCAUGACAGCGACUUUGAACCCUUUCAUGGGCCAACUUUCGCUUGCGUAUGCCGUGCAGACGAGUCAAGUCGCUGCUUUGGCCAGUAGAUUCGAUUUCAAUACGUAUUCGUACGAAGCCGAAUUGACCGUCGGUGGGGAAUGGUUCCAAACGAGACGACAUCGCGCCAAGAUGAGAGAAGAAGGAAGUUUAGGAGAUGUGGAGGAAACGAGGAUCAAGGAAAAAAUGAAGAGUUGGGAUGCGUUUGAGAGGGGGACACAGGGGGUGUUGGGCCGGGAGGAGAGGAAGGAAAGGAGUCGGGACGAUGAUGAGGUUGUGGGGGUCGUCAAGGCGAGGGCGUCGACGAAUUCGGUCAGUACCGAAAAGGAGCCGCUGUUCCUUCCCUUCCCUCCCAUGCUGACGUACCCAAUUUCUGUCCUCAGGACGUCUCGCUCUUGUGGGAAGGUCGACUGGGGGACUUCCUCGUCUCGCUGGGCGUCGUUGCGGAUCUGAGGCUGGCGACGAAGAGUGCUGGAAGGGUUAGCCCAAUCCGUAGUAUUGGUGUGGGGUUGCAGUACUGGGGGUAG